AUGCCGGGCUUCGAUUUCUCAAAUCACAACCGAAAUAUAGCAUUACAUGCCAAAGGAAUACCGCUUCCAAAGGCUACAAGCACAGGUACAACAAUUGUCGGAUGCAAAUAUGAUGGAGGCGUGGUUAUUGCAGCGGAUACGAGGGCUACCUCAGGCCCGAUCGUAGCGGACAAGAACUGCGAGAAAUUACAUUACAUUGCUCCGCAAAUAUGGUGUGCAGGCGCCGGAACUGCAGCGGACACCGAGUUCACCACCGCCAUUAUCUCCUCAAACCUUGAGCUUCAUUCUCUCUCUACUGGCCGGAAACCCAGAGUCGCCACUGUUAUGACGAUGCUCAAGCAGCACCUAUUUCGAUAUCAAGGCCACAUCGGAGCAUACCUCGUGGUCGCUGGUGUUGACCCUACAGGAGCUCAUCUGUUUACAGUCCAUGCCCAUGGUAGUACGGACAAGUUACCCUACGUUACUAUGGGAAGUGGGUCCCUCGCGGCUAUGGCAGUAUUUGAGACGCAAUGGAAACAGAGCAUGACGAGAGAGGAGGCCGUGAAGUUGGCAUCGAACGCAAUUCAAGCCGGUAUCUUUAAUGACUUGGGAUCAGGCUCUAAUGUGGAUGUUUGUGUGAUCACAAAGGAGAAGACGACGAUGAUGAGAAACUAUAUCACUCCGAAUCAAAGGGACAAGAAGGAAAAGAGCUACAAGUUCGCGCGAGGUACGACCGCUGUUUUAGCGGAGAGGAUCAUAACGAAAGAGGAGAUCAGUAAAUACGCUACAAUACAGGAACUCUCGUCGGAUGACGACGUCGUGGUGGUCGAGAAGAUGGAUGUGGAUCAAUAG